AUGGAUAGCCAUCAAAGUGAUACGAUAUCGAGCGGCUUUCGAAACAACCUAAGAAAAACAAAGCAAGCUUCCGAUGAACAUGACGACCUUCCCGAAUCACACCUCCAGGUUCUCCAUAUGACCCUCCCAAGUGAGAUAUCCAGUUGGUUCCAGUCUGAUUCGAGCACUAAUUUCGAUCACACUCACACCGCAUUUUGGACGGCCGAUUCCUGGAAAAGCUACGGACCUAUAUUCGUGAAGUUGUUUGACAGAACUCUUGUCACCGUCGCGAACUUGAGUGAAGGAUUCCUUGCGGCAAAGAUUCCACCAAACGAAACGCACAAAAAGCACACCCGCGACCAGGAAUGGGUACACCGAAUGUCGCAUGAAUUAGCCCAGCAUUUGAUAGGUCAGCGUUUCGGGAACAGCUUCAAAUACUACGAGGUUGCUGGGCCUUUUUUGUCUGCUUUCUUCCGCGCCGGAUACUUGAGUAUUUUAGUCAGCCGGUAUAAAGACGAAUUGCAGAGAGGAGAUUCAGGACGUGGAGAGGCUGGAGGGGGGCACUCAGCCAGUCAGACGGGUCGCUAUACCAGAAACCAAGAUUGGCACAAAGUACUCGACCAGUCGCGAAACACGAUGGGGUAUGAAUCAAGCGUGUCAAUUUACACACCCUCACCUGUAAAAUCAUACGGGGGAGUUAGCACAUUUGGUCUUGGUUUUGGCCAGGGACGCGGCUAUCACGAUAGACAUGAGCCAGUGCAGGAAACACAGUAUCGACCAUUACCAGAUACCUCUUUUGCUAGUGGGUGCGAUGUUUAUCACUCACCGAUUACAGCUCCGGAUGAACAUCUUUUUGACACUUACACCAAUGAUCAGGCCGACGCUUUUGCAGUAGCUGCUCCAACCGGAUUUCGCUUUGACUCCCCCCUCGUGGAUCGCAUAUUAUUAAUACGUUUUCCGUCGAUAGACCAAGCCGAUUUCUACGUGCCCGUGGGUGUGGCGGCAUUACUGACCGAAGAAACCCCUUCACUCCAGAAUCUAAAGAUCUGA